UUCGAAAAUAGCCAAAGUUGGUCGUGUGGGAGGCGCUGAUGUAAAGAGAUAGGACAAGCAGUUCGGUACAAUGCGCCUAAUGCAUACCUGUUUUUUUUUUUUGUUUUUUUUUUAAUUAGUUAGUUGUUCUUUUCCCCUGCCUGCCUACUUGAUCACCGAUUGACCAAGGCAGCACCAGGACCACCCGCUCCUCAUUUCCAUCCUCACCCCUGUUCUGCCGUGCUUCUCUGGCGUCCAGCCUUGAUUUCCACCAGCAAUUGAACUGUCGUUUUAGAAACUUUUUUUUGAACUUAUUUUCUGUGCACCUGUUUUACUCCGUUGCCUUCCACCCUAGAUCCCAGCUGCCAUUGUACUGAACACAAACAACACAUCGACAAACGCAACGAUCCAAACCAGCACCGACAAUUGACAUUGGCCGACCGAACGAACGAAUGCAAGCGGGCUACUAGCCCAAGAUAGCCCAUUUCUCCGCCUCCUUUUCCGCCCGCCUUGGCCGCUCAGGCUCAAGCGACCAUGACUCGCCCCGAAAUCAUUCGCGCCGACUCGAUUGAUCUUCAGGAUCACGACGCACCCUCAGCUAAGAGUCACCCGCGUCCUCUCCCAGCCCAGUCUAGCCAACCGACGAGCGCACUCGCGCCCCAUCAAGCCGAGACUCUAAGGGAGGUUGCCGCCGAGAGCGCAGAGGAGAACUCGCGUAGCCCACGCGUGUCUUGGAACUCUGGGGUCGACUCGGGAGAUCUCGAACAGCACGCGGGAGAUCUAGUCGCCGGCGUGUCCGGAUCGUACGAGGGCGCCUCUUCAGGCAGGAGCAAGAUGCAACAGCAAGAUGCGCUCGCAAUCGCGCAAAACGGUGGCAAUGAUCUGUUGGAAGAUGACAUAGACCCCGAUGGCGACGAAGAUGACGACAUGGACAAGAUUUCGAGUUCUCCCUCAAUCGAAGAUGAGGAUAUUGAUUUCGAAUUCGUGUACGCGCUACACACGUUUGUGGCCACGGUUGAAGGGCAAGCAAACGCAACCAAGGGCGACACUAUGGUGCUUUUAGACGACAGCAAUAGUUAUUGGUGGCUCGUCCGAGUCGUCAAGGACAGCAGCAUCGGUUAUCUCCCUGCCGAGCACAUUGAGACACCCACCGAAAGGCUGGCUCGGCUGAACAAGCACAGGAACAUUGAUCUGUCUGCAACCAUGCUUGGAGACCAGAUGGAAAAGACCAAGAAUCCCAUCAAAUCUGCCAUGAAGAGAAGGAAGACCAAGACUGUAGCCUUCGCGGCACCAACCUUCCAUGACUACUCGGACAUUGACUACUCAACAGAAGAGGAGGAUCCAGAAAUGGAUUACUACAUCAGGCAACAGCAGGCGCAACAGCAACAAGAGCAGCAGCAGCAGCAGGAACAACAACAAGCACAACAAAACCAGCAGCAACAGCAGCAAUCGCAGCAGGUGGUCACCACGCAAGCAGCCAAUGAAGAAGAGCCUAGCCGUGCUGAAGCCGCAACGAGCCGACAACAAAAAGAUGUCAGGACCGUUGAGCCUGUCGCAGACGAAACUGACAACGAUCUGGCCAUGGGAGGCAGGACCAGUGAAGAUAUAUUUGAAGCCUCCAAGUCGAUAACACCUGGUCCCACCAAGACAAAAGAUGGAACUGUCAGGGACUCAUUCUUCAAAGACGACACGGUUGAGACCAAGAAGAUUACGCUGACACCCAAUCUCUUGCGAGACGACGGAGGUCCGAGAACGUCAUCGGAUUCUAAGGACUCGAAGCAGAGGCCAAGUCUAGACAAACUCGAGAAAGAUAGUGUCCUUGGCAAGGACGACAAGAAAAAGAAGGACAAGAAAGAGAAAGAGAAGAAGCCUAGUGCCAUUCGGAGUUUUUUCUCAAGGGGCGGCAAGAAGAAGUCUGUUGAUGAAGAUGACGACCUGUCAUUGGGCAAGCGAUCAAUGGAUGCCAUUUCAGAAAGUCAAGGCAAUGAUGGUGAUGAGAUUGACGAAGCUCAAUCGCCAGAAAAGGCCACGGCCCCGGCGCGUAACCCCAGCAAGCUCCAGAAGCAGCCACGGACCGAACCGUCCCCGACGCGCAAGCCGAGCUCUGCGUCACGCGAGACAUCCAUUGACAGCUAUAACGAAACUAGAGCCAACAAUGUGGCCAACGUUCCGCCAGCUACCAUGCGUAUCGUCGAAUCAGAUGUGCAAGAUAGCCGAGACAUGGCAACCAAGACUGCCAAUGCACCACUGGACAGUUCAAAGGGAUCGAAGUCGAAGAGAGAACCAAAGGCGGCCGUGUCCAAGGUUAUGCCGUCCCGGAUACAAACUUCCGAAGUCAAGUCACAGAAGGCAGCCAAGGCAAAGGCCGGACCCGAUCCAGAGAUUGUGGCUCCUAUAGAAGAUGUGGCAGCAACAGAGGUUGUCAGAAAAGGCUCUACGUCUUCUGACACAGCAUCCGCCAAGGGCCCUGCACGCCAACCACCAAAGGCAUUUGUAUCUCAAGAAAGUGGGCAGAAUGCACAGGUUGGUGCUUUGGCACGUGAUCGUUUGACCGAGUCACCCGUACAGACGACUGCGGAGACACCAAAUAAUCCCCCGGCACUCAUGGGUGACACCUCUAGCCAGGAGGACCAUUCAUCUCCGAUAUCAUCGCCAUCGCCAGAGCUUGAUGGGGACGAAGAUAGCGGGCGGAGGCAUCGCAAGGACGACUCGGUCACGACAUCAACAUCGACCGCUAGCGCCGCAUGGAACGACGCCAGCUUACGUGCCUAUUUUGACUCGGGCACGGAAAUUCGCGACAUGCUCACUCUUAUUUAUGAUAAGACGGAUGUCGCUCCUGUCGGUCCAGACCAUCCAAUUGCUGGUAGCUUGUUCCGGGAACAGAACGCGAAGCUAGCAGAGAUAACAACGCAACUCGACAAUAUGCUCGGCGACUGGCUUGCACGAAAGCAAAGACUCAGGGGGGCUGCAUAGACUUGCAUCACACAGCAAAAUCUAACGCCUGCGACGAUUCGAUUUAGGCAUUUGAGCGGUGGCAAGUCUCUUCCAAGCUUGUCUGUAGACUUGGUAACUGUUUGAUGAACGAACGAUCAUGACUGUUUGGACGGAUAUUAACUAUUCUGGGGCGCUUUAAAAUCAAAGUUACUCGUCUUUUUACUACUUUUUAUCCUCUUUUUUCGGCCUCCCUUUCUCGCGAUAGGCAUUCUUUUGGGAGUAUCAAACUUGAACCAGCCAUCUUAGCUUCCAUGUUCAUAUUGUCUUUAAAAGAAAGGCCUUUGGUGUUGAAUUCAUAUAUGCCUGAUAUCUGUCCAAAGGCAGGAAGUGAGAAUGUUGGGACUGGCCAUAUUCAUGACUGUUCGUAUUUUGCUUUUGGUCGGCUAGAAAGAACAUGGGUCUGCGCGUCUCUGUGGCUAUCGGCCUGUUUUGAACAUAAUAUCCUUCAUAACCAAAACAAGUCUACAAUCACUCUGUUAUAGCGACAAUGUGGUUAGCGAAGCGGAGUCUGAUCGUCCCCGCA